UCGGCUGACGUAUGUGCAGUCUGGGACACUGGAGUGCUCCUGCCCUCUGCAGACUGGCCCGGAGCCGCCGGCCGUGCAAGGAGGCUGAAUGAGGCAGAGAAGCUGAGCUCUGUCCGGGAGGCCCAGUUAGAGCGGCUGGAGGUGGCCAGACCCCGAGGGCUGGGGCGCGGGGAGCCGGGCUUGGUGCUGAGGAUGGCCAGGAAGCAGCCGCCGCCCUGGGUCCAUGCAGCUGUCCUCCUCUGGCUCCUUGGCCUGGGCGGGGCCAUCGAGAUUCCUAUGGAUCCGAGCAUUCAGAAUGAGCUGUCCCAGCCCCCGACCAUCACCAAGCAGUCAGUGAAGGACCACAUCGUGGACCCCCGGGAUAACAUCUUGAUUGAGUGUGAAGCCAAGGGGAACCCUGCCCCCAGAAUCCCACUCCAGCCCUCUAGGGCAGAAUCCCCCCUCUGGCCCAAGGAAAACCUGGACCCCGUGGUGGUUCAAGAAGGUGCCCCCUUGACGCUCCAGUGCAACCCGCCCCCCGGACUGCCAUCCCCAGUCAUCUUCUGGAUGAGCAGCUCUAUGGAACCCAUCACCCAGGACAAACGCGUCUCCCAGGGCUACAACGGAGACCUGUACUUCUCCAACGUGCUGCUGCAGGACAUGCAGACGGACUACAGCUGCAAUGCCCGCUUCCACUUCACCCACACCAUCCAGCAGAAAAACCCCUUCACCCUCAAGGUCCUCACAACCCGAGGAGUUGCAGAAAGAACACCCAGCUUCAUGAGUCCCCAGGGCACUUCCAGCAGCCAGAUGGUGCUUCGGGGCACGGACCUCCUGCUGGAGUGCAUCGCCUCUGGGGUGUACGUACGGACGACGCGCUCUGCGCCCUACUGGCUGGACGAGCCCCAGAAUCUCAUCCUGGCUCCGGGCGAGGACGGGAGGCUGGUGUGCCGCGCCAACGGGAACCCCAAGCCCACUGUCCAGUGGAUGGUGAACGGGGAGCCCUUGCAGUGUAAGUUUAAGAAUGGGCAGGGCAGCAACCUGGACGGCGGCAACUACCACGUCUACGAGAACGGCAGCCUGGAGAUCAAGAUGAUCCGCAAAGAGGACCAAGGCAUCUACACCUGUGUCGCCACCAACAUUCUGGGCAAAGCUGAAAACCAGGUCCGCCUGGAGGUCAAAGACCCCACUCGGAUCUUCCGGAUGCCCGAGGACCAGUCAGCCCAGAGGGGCACCACGGUGCAGCUGGAGUGCCGGGUGAAGCAUGACCCAUCCCUGAAGCUCACCGUCCACUGGCUGAAGGAUGAUGAGCCGCUCUACAUGGGAAACAGGAUGAAGAAGGAAGACGGCUCCCUGACCAUCUUUGGGGUGGCCGAGCGAGACCAGGGCAGCUACACGUGCGUGGCCAGCACCGAGCUGGACCAAGAUCUGGCCAAGGCCUACCUCACCGUGCUAGCUGAACAGGCCACUCCAACUAACCGUUUGGCUGCCCUACCCAAAGCCACAUGCACCCGUAUGAUGGCCCACGUGCACAUCACCAUGGCACAACUUGGACUUGACCUGCUGUUUCUAUAUUAUUGGGUUCUAGCCCCUGAGUCCAACCCCAUGGACGUGAAGGGAGAGGGGACCAGGAAGAACAACAUGGAGAUCACAUGGACGCCCAUGAAUGCCACCUCCGCCUUCGGCCCCAACCUGCGCUACAUUGUCAAGUGGCGGCGGAGAGAGACCCGAGACACCUGGAACAACGUCACCGUGUGGGGCUCCCGCUUUGUGGUGGGGCAGACUCCCGUCUACGUGCCCUACGAGAUCCGAGUCCAGGCUGAGAAUGACUUUGGGAAGGGCCCAGAGCCGGACACGGUCAUCGGUUACUCGGGAGAAGACUAUCCCAGGGCUGCACCCACUGACGUUAAAAUCCGUGUCCUGAACAGCACUGCUAUCAGCCUUCAGUGGAACCGCGUCUACUCGGACACGGUCCAGGGCCAGCUCAGAGAGUACCGAGCCUACUACUGGAGGGAGAGCAGCUUGCUGAAGAGCCUGUGGGUGUCUCAGAAGAGACAGCAAACCAGCUUCCCAGGCGACCGUCCCCGCGGCGUGGUGGGCCGCCUCUUCCCCUACAGCAACUACAAGCUAGAGAUGGUUGUGGUCAAUGGGAGAGGUGACGGCCCCCGCACAGAAACCAAGGAGUUCACCACCCCAGAAGGAGUACCCAGUGCCCCCAGGCGGUUCCGAGUCCGGCAGCCCAACCUGGACAUCAUCAACCUGGAGUGGGAUCACCCGGAACACCCCAACGGGAUUCUGACCGGAUAUACUCUCAGAUACCAGGCCUUCAACGGAACCAAAGUAGGGAAGCCGAUAGCGGAGAGCUUCUCCCCGAAUCAGACCAAGUUCCUGCUGCAGCGACUCGACCCCGUGUCCCGCUACCGCUUCACCCUCAGCGCCAGGACGCAGGUGGGCAACGGGGAGGCCGUCACUGAGGAGUCGCCCGCACCCCCCAAUGAAGCCACUCCAACCGCAGCUGCUCCCACCCUGCCCCCAGCCACUGUGGGUGCAACGGGCGCCCUGGGCAGUACUGACGCUACUGCCAUGGUGGCCACCACCGAAGCCACCACAGGCCCCAUCGUCCCAACUGUGGUGCCUACCACCAUCGCCGCCACCACCGCCGCCACCACCAUGGCCACAACUACCGCCGCCACCACCACCACUACCACGGAGAGCCCUCCCACCACCACAGCUGGGCCUAAGAUACAGGAACCCGCCCCUGAUGAGCAGUCCAUAUGGAACGUCACGGUGCUCCCCAACAGUAAAUGGGCCAACAUCACCUGGAAGCACAAUUUCGGGCCCGGAACUGACUUUGUGGUUGAGUACACCGACAGCAACCAUACGAAAAAAACUAUCCCUGUUAAAGCCCAGCCCCAGCCCAUACAGCUCACAGACCUCUAUCCCGGGAUGACGUACACGGUGCGGGUUUAUUCUCGGGACAACGAGGGCAUCAGCAGUACCUUCAUCACCUUUAUGACCAGUACAGCUUACACCAACAACCAGGCGGACAUCGCCACCCAGGGCUGGUUCAUCGGGCUCAUGUGUGCCAUCGCCCUCCUGGUGCUGAUGCUGCUCAUUGUGUGCUUCAUCAAGAGGAGCCGAGGGGGCAAGUACCCAGUGCGGGAAAAGAAGGAUGUGCCCCUUGGCCCCGAAGACCCCAAAGAAGACGAGGGCUCGUUUGACUACAGCGACGAGGACCACAAGCCCCUGCAGGGCAGUCAGACGUCGCUGGACGGCACCAUCAAGCAGCCCGAGAGCGACGACAGCCUUGUAGACUACGGCGAGGGCGGCGAGGGCCAGUUCAAUGAGGACGGCUCCUUCAUCGGCCAGUACACAGUCAAGAAGGACAAGGAGGAGACAGAGGGCAACGAGAGCUCCGAGGCCACGUCUCCCGUCAACGCCAUCUACUCGCUGGCCUAGCAGAGCCUGCCUGGCACAGCCCCGACCUGGCCAGUGGGAGGGGAGGACCGCGGCAGACCUACCACAAACCCACCGCCACCUUCAGGGACAAGGGCACAGUACGGGGUCUACCAAGCUGUGAGGACCAGUGACCGCCCAGCCCGCCACAGCCCCCUCCCAGUGACCCCCCUGCUCACACCCCUGGGCCGCCUGGCAUCAGCGUGGCCAAGGCAAAGCCCUAGCGGAGCUCCGCUGGAACAAGCCGGCUACAUGUUCAGCCCCAAGCCACCCUGAGCCUGCCCCCAACACCGCCCACCCUUGCCCUGGGCGCAUGAGCCGAGGUCCUGUUGGUUCCGGUACUUCCCGUUGUCAUCAGUUUUGCUUGGCACCUCUUCCCCAGCAGACCCAAGGUCUCCCCUUCCUUUGUCUUUUUGGAGAAGUGUCCCUAGGUUUUAAAAGAAGAAGAGGUGGAUUGUCCCCCAGGAAAACGCAAAGAUAGGCCAAAACAAAACCGCAAAAGAUUGGGUGGGCAGGAGAACAGGAUCGGGAAGCCCAAGUAUUCAAACCAGCCGCCAGUGGAUGUAUUUCUGAAGGAUGCCUUUUUGCCACCUGCCUCCGCCCCUCGCGCCAGCCCCUCCUCCUCGGCCUCCCUCGUGGUGACGGAGCUAGGCUGGGCUUCUCCCCAAGGACGACAGUAUUUUUGGCGGGGGAGGGCUGUCGGGCCUCCUUGCCCCUCUCUGGUUCCGCCUGGAGGAGGUGGGUUUACCUCUCGCCUCUGGCCUCCGCUCUCACCGUGCCCCCUCCGGCAGACCUGCACUGUGCUUUGGAGAGGAGGAAGUCGGAGGGGCUGGGAGCAGGCACUGGUGGGCCAGGACUGAACCGCAGGGGACAGAAGUCCCUCGGGUCCCCGGGAGCUGAGCUGUGCUCACGUCGUCGUCGGCGAGCGUGCAACGCCUCUGGUGAACACCCUCCUCCUCCAUUGUGAAGCCCGAGACGUCUGAGAGAGGACUGCCAGCUUACAGCUGGAAGAGGGCGUGCCCCCACCUGGCCAGGUGUCCGAGGCGAUGGGGCCCCACUGCGCAGGUGCUUUGCUGCGCUGGGAGGCGUGGCUAAGAGCCGCCAGCAGGACCUCCGCCCAUUGUUCUCUGUGCUGCGCUAACGCCUGUGUCCCGGGUAUGUGAGACUGAACUGCUGUCCUUUGUUUCAGGCACGUUCCUGUCGGGAAGCCCUGGGGUGACACCGUGCUCAUUCGUGCCCUUCGUAUGCCUUACGCAGCUCUGGUCUGUCCCAGGAGCCCCUCGGCCCCUCCCCGCAGGCCUUGAAGCCAGCGGGCAGCUCCGUCUGUCCCUCAUCACAGCUGGGCCCCGAAGCAGCCGCUCCACACACACCCUGCAGGCGCCCUGCUACCCUCCGUGGAGACAGCUCUGCAGACCCCGGGUGCUGGCUUCACCCGCCCACCUGCUCCGCGUCUGAAACCAAAGGUCCCUAGCGUCUGCCAGAGAGAGAGAAAGCCUGCGAGCAGUCCUGGGGCCGCUUCUGCAUCUCAAGCUGGUUUCUAGAGGGUGAAGUUGACGCCGUCUGCCCCAAGCACAACCCACAGAGGUGCGGCCUCUAGCCGCCUGCCAGGGACCCCUGCAGGAGCAGGCCGGGUCUCGCUGGAGACGCUGUUGUUUAAGCCGCAAAGGUAUUCGCAACGCUUGCAGCACGUGGGAGGAAUCAUCGAAGAGGCCUAAUGCCCCACUGGGCCCAGAGCCGAGCCGCUUAGCAUGUUUGUGCCCAAGAGUGAUUCCCUUUGGUACAAACCGGGGCAGUUCCCGGGGCUCACUGCCCUGGGGGCCCGAGGGGCGGCUCUCAUGGAGAACGGGGACAGGGUAAAUAGGAAGCUGGAGAGGGAGCUCAGGGGCCCCUCACCUGGGCUUCCUCCAACACCUGCUGGGACACAGCUGGGCCCUCCCACAGCCCAGCCCGCUGCCCCCACCAGGGAUGUCAGGGAGAUGUGUCUGUGCACGACUCAAAGGACGCGCCUUGCCAACCAACACAGGAGCUGAGCGGAGGGGUCAGUUUCUCAGGCCCUCGUUUCACACUGCACCGAUGCGCUAGUGAGGAGGUCACCGUACCCAACAGGCUCUGAGAGCAGGAGAGGGUUGGGAUCGCCAUCAGACCCUGCCCUGGCCUCUGGCAAACCUGCUACAUAAAGUGAAGACCCAGGACGGGCUGUCCACCUUACAAGUCCUGGGCAGAGGUGCCUACAGCCGUUCCAGUGUUGCCCCCGCUUCACGGAUGUGGGCUAGCACGAUGCUCCGCCCCUGCUGCCACCUCCCCACAGCCACGGGCCUCCUGGCGGAGCCCAUCUGGGCUGCCGAAUCAAGUGUUCCCCACACCGACCGGCAGAGCAGAGACGCAGGUGCUUGGAGAGCUCACCUCAAAGCUCUGGGACUUGCAGGGUGAAGGAGGUGCCCCUUCUCAGAGGAGGCCUCACUGGCCCAGCAGGAAAGCAGUAUUGUCCAGCGGCCUGCUGGACCUCACGCAGUCAUGGCCAUGCAGGAGAGCUGAGACUGAGGGUGCUUCCGUCUGGCUGAUGGGGAGGGAUGAGGCGCAGGUCCCACCUGGAAGUCGGUGAAGUGUGCUGCAAUCCCUCCUGUCUGGUCUGCCCAGCCUGGGAGCAAAGCCUUCCUGCCCUCCAGCUGCCAUGUCAUUCAUUCAUUCAUUUACUCGUUCAGCAUAUGCUCUUUGAGCAGCCCGCCUGAGCCAGGCAGCAGGGACAUCCCGGGGAGCAAGUGGGAGGUGGCCCCUACCCCCACACCCCUGGGCCAACUGUCUAAGAAUGAGGUCUUGGGUUGGGGCCAUGCUGCCCUUUGGGUGCCUGGACCUGUGACGGCCCCGAGCCAAACUGAGGCCUGGAGGAAGGGCUCAGCCAGUCUGGUCAACAAAGCUGGGCUUCGGUACCUCUUCCCUCCUCUCCCCUCCUUUCCUCAGGGUUCUCUCUGAAGAAGGCCCUGGGCCACCGGGAGUCGGGACACCUAGUUUGGAGAAGGUGCCUUCCGCAGAGGGGAACUGCUUCCCACCUUGCCUGGGCUACAGUGGAGGGGACCCUCCAUCUCAGCCUUGCUUUUGAGGCAACUGUUGGAUUUAAGCUAAAGGGCAAACCUGAUCAGCUCCCUCCCCUUGCCCUUUCCUUUGCCCUGAAAUGCUGAAGGCAGCUGGCCCACCUCCUUCCCCUUGUCCUGUGGGCUGGGGAAAGUUCCCGUGCCAGCCCAAGAGCCUGCAGAUGCCAGUUCUGCAGGCACGGCUUUCAUAGGCACACACACACACACACACACCACCACCACCCCGCUCCUCUGGGCACAGUUAGCUUUGGGAAGGGCUGGAAACCAGCCCGCCGAGGUUUCCAGAGAAGAAAGAAACUCCAGGUCCCCCGCGCACAGGCACAGCAGACUGCCUCCGGGGGCCAGCAGUCCAUCUGAGGCCUGGCUGGCCUGACCAGGUUACAAAGGAUCAUGAGAGGUGUGUGUGUGCAGUGUGGCCGCAGGAGGCUGCCCUGCCUGGAGCCCCACCUGGGUGGUUUCCAUAGGCAGAACCUAGAGAGAAAGGGUCUCAGCCCAGAGGGGGAGGGACACAUUCCCCUGAGACAGUGGGGUGGGGUAGGGGGCCGGCACUGCAGGGCUCCUCUGGGACCCAUGUGCCGGGUGGGGCCAAGCCUCAGCGCACCCUGCAGCCCCUUUGGUGGGAGGAGUGGGGUUUAACACAUUUCUGUCAGUCUUUGUCAGGCAGUUUCACCAGAGCUCAGAGAGCGUGAAGCUCUCCAUCUGCCCCAGCUGGUACCAGGGAGGCUCUUCCUGGGCUGCUGGCACAAAGCACUACGCCCCACUUGCCUGACAGUCCUGCUCCUGCCCACCCCUGCCAACCACAUCCAGACCUGGUUGUGAUAGGUGCACCCAAUUGGGUCCACUAGAGAGAAACCACCCAGUCACUCAGGUGAGCUACACAUAGCAGGUGAUAAUAGCAGGGAUCCAGUCCCUGGUUAAAACCCAGCGGGAAGCUGAGCCAAUGAGGCAAGAGACAGGCUGUGUCAGGAGAAAACCCAGGCAGGUAGGUCAGAGGCCAGCUCCUGGGUCACCCCUCCCCUGAAACCAUCUGGGAUGCCACCCCAGCUAUCCCCAUCUGGACCAGCCCAAGCCCAGGGAAGUGGCCUGUCUUCAGAGAAGGAGUGGAGGGAGCGGAAGGACCCUUACCCAGGAGAGCCACGAGACCCCCUCACCCAGCAGUGUGCAGCGUCUCAAGCCACACCCCAAACCACCAGUCCUCUGAUCAGUGUAUGAGUAUUAAGUGGUCACUUCUUAGGUUGAGGAUGGAAAUGACAUUGGGACAAAGGCCACAGGACAAAACAGAACCUCAGAGCCAGUCUCAUGGAAACGACUCAUUGUCCAGGCAAGGGCACUUCAGCCCGGGGUGGCUAUGGGCUCGCCUGAGGUCCGUGGCGAGAAUGGCGAGGAUGGGGCCGCACAUGCCCGGGCCUUCUGGCCCCUUGUCCAGUGUUCUUUUGUCUCUCACCACAGCUGCCUCCUCUGAAACAGGUAUUACUGAAGCUCUGUCCUGCUUCCUGCCCCUCUCAUACCUCUGCACCACCCUCCCCGGCCCCGAAGAGCUCCCCAAAUGGGAAGCAGGAGGGUCGGUCUAUUCAAGCUUGCUAGCCCCAGCCUGUGGACUAGAAUGCUGAGCUUUGGAUGGGCGUUUGUCACUGUGAAACCCAGACGGAGCCACGGGAAGGGGCCCCUUAGCCUUCUUCCUCAGGAGCGCAGGGCACAGAGCAAGUCCCUGUCUGACAUCUGCUCCUGGCCACAGAGUACAGAGGGGUCGGGCGAAGCCUGGCCUGGCCACCCGGGGCUCACAGGGCUGGCACUCAGCAGUUGUAAAGACUUCAGUUAAGCAAUAAAUACAAAAGUCUGGGCGAGGAAAUCCAGAAUUUUGUGCACCACCUUGUUUCUUUUUCAAAGACGUCCCACCCCCCAGGUCUGAGGGCCCCCGCCCGGCUCCUUAUUCAGACCCCUCAGUCAGUGUUGUCCCUUUGCCCACCCCGCCCCCCCAGCUCUUGGCCAACUUCACCCUCCUCUGGAGCUGAGCGUCUAUCACCUGUGGCACGGCUGCCUUCAGUUCUGGUCCACCCCCACCCCCCGUGGCCUCCUCACACACACACCCUGCCCUCCACCAUUCCAAUUCAUUCUUUUCAGCAGUGGGGAAAGGUGCCCCCAUCCCCUGCCUCACUGGUCUGCUUUCUGUCUUCAGUUAAAUCAUUAACUUUCCUCAGCAGACCUUGUUUUAACCUCUCACAUCAUGUCCUCGCCCCUUCAGUGUGAGUUAGUCUUGCAUUAACCGACUGUCAGCGACGGAUGCCUACAUGUGCGGCGUCUCGCAUGGCCUAAUGCAGCUGGGGCCUCCGGCCGUGGAGGACCGUCUAAGACAAGGACUUUAAAACUGACUGCAUGAGCAAGGAAAAGGCCAAAUUAUGCGGGGGGGAAAAAACUUUUUUUUGAAUCACUGUAAAAAAAAAAAAAACACCACAACUGAUUUCUUUUGUAUAGAAACACUAAACAUAUAAUAAAAAUGGUUCAACAUGGACUCUG